AGCCUGUCAGGCUUUGCACACCACCCAGCUGGAAGGACUCGUCUUGUUUAUACCGCCGCCCCGGACAUCCUGGUUCAGUGAAUGUGUGCACACCAAGCUGUUGAGACGUGUUAUUCCUCGCAGGCCACAACGCAACCGCAUCAAUAAAGCAUGAGCUGGUUGGACUGGGAUGUGGGUGGAGGAAAGAGAGCGCAGCAAGAUGAGGCACUGAGAGCCGAAAGCAGGCGGGCGGAAGAUGAAAGGGAACGUGCAGAAAGGGAAAGGGAAGAAGCUGAUCAAGCAAAGGAAAAAGCACAUGAAAGUGCAUCAAGAGCUAAAGAUGCCGAAGAACGAGCCCAAAAGGAGAGGCAAAGAGCGAAUGAGGAGAAGGAACAGGCAGAAAGGGAAAGGAAGGCUGCUGCCAAAGCAAAGGAAGAAGCAGCUGCAAACGCAAGAAGAGCUGAACAAGCUAAAGAACAAGCUCAAACGGAAAAACGAAGAGCACUUGAGGCACAUGAAAUUGCAAAGGAGGAGAGAGAGAGAGCAGAAGAGGCAAGAGCACAUGCAGAAGAUGAAGCCAAGAAAUCAGAGGAGAUGAGACAAAAGAAAGAAACUGCUGAGAUAGAAAACCAACGCCUUCUGGAUGAGAGAGAUGAAAAGCAGAGGAGGGAUGAAACGUUAAUGAAGUUUUCAUGGGGACCAAAUAAGACAAAUAGAGGGACAUCAAAAGGAGAAGAUCAGGCAUCAAUGGAGGUAAAACGACUCCGCGAGAAAUUUUAUAAACGCAACAAAGACAAGGAAGGGAAGGUGAUAUGUGGGAAGAUCCUGAUAUUUGGCCCAGGUGGUGCUGGAAAAUCCUCCUUCUGCAAUGGCUUGAGAUCAGCACUUAAGGAUUAUGACAUACCUGCCAACUACUAUGCUGUCGGUUUGUGCGAUGGGGCACUAACAAAAAAUUUUCAGGCUGCACGAUAUGGACAUCACUGGGUUAUUGACAUGCCAGGAAUACUUGAAUCCAAUCUUUUGAAAACGGAGAAUAUUGAAGCCAUUGCAUCCGGCAGGGUUCGCUUUGAUGCCGAGAUAACAGAAACCCUUGAUGUGAAAGGCAACCUACAAGAGGCGCAAAGGGAUGUGUCAUGUGUUGUUCUGGUUCUCCAUCAUGGCAUCACUCUGGGUAAAGAACUGAAGCGCCAGCUAGAUGUUAUCAUACAAUUAGGCGGACGUGGAGCUCUGUCCUACCACCUGGUGCUGACUCACCUGGAUGAGUGUGACCCACAGUUCAAGGAUCCAGAUAAUCUCCCCAACCUGUACACUUCCCCUCUAGUACAAGAAGCAGUGAAGAACAUGUCAGAACAAACUGGCAUUCCAGGGUAUGCCAUCAGUUACGUGAAGAAUUAUGUGACGGAAACAGAAACAGACACCAACACCAAGCUGCUUCACCUGAGAGCUCUUGACAGAAUCCUCACCUCUACAGCUGACCAAGUGGAGAAGAUGAUUGAUAACAAACUUCAGAAGAAGAUGUAUGAGGAUGCACCUGAUGAUGGGGAGACAAUCGACUGGGCCAUCCCAAUGUCAAUAUUUGCUGUUGUAAUACUUUUCCUGGCUGUGGUAUAUAUGUUUAUCCAGUGAAUGUAAAACCUUUCUCUGAGUAUGUAGGCAAAAUGUCCUGAAUAAUUUGUAAGUUAGUGUCAUUCACCUUCACUCAAAACUAAUAACCAAUGUGUAUUAUUAAUUUACAAAUAUAUGAAUUAUUUUAAAAGGUCAUAUUUAUAUUUUUAAUCAUGGGAAACAUUUGUGAAAGAAAACCUCGAUGGGUGCUCAGAUUAUUCAGCUAACGAAUGAAAACUUGAAAUAUGAUGCUGAGCCGAUACAGGCGAUGUAUCUGAAGAGAAAAAGCUUGCGUCAAUCGACUGGACCAUCCCAAUGUUAAUAUUUGCUGUUGGGAUACUUUUGUUGGCUGUGGUAUAUAUGUAUGCCCAGCAAAUGUAAAACCAUCCUCUGCUAUGCAUAUGAAAGCCAUAUGUUUUGACAAUAGUGAGUGAGUGAGUUAAACUUGAAAGUCACAUCGUUACUUCACAGCCAGUACACAGAUUGAAGUGAUGCUAUUAGUAUUUGUUUGCUGUUAUUCUCAGCAUAUUCAUUAGAGCAUGUUUUGGAGCAAGAGAAAUAAAUACAACCCACAGAGUGAAAUCCAAAAAUAGGGACACUACUGAGCUGUGACUUGCCUUUGCAUGUGUGUUAGACCGGUAUCAGGAUGCGCUAACCUUUUCACGACCACCUAGUAUAAUCACUAUUUCAUAAUGAUUCGUAAACACAUGCUCAUGAUAUAGUCGGACUCUUUUCUAUACACUAGGUUUUUAGCAGAUCUCUUAUGAAUAUGGAAAGUGUUUGUAUUGUAAGUUUUGGAAGGGCAUUUGUCUGAGGCAUCAUAUGAAUAACAUUACUAUGGAGUGCAGGUAUUUGGAGACUGUGAUUCUUAACAUUUUCAUCAGGUCAUGUUUUUGACCAAAUAAAUCCAACCAAGAUUGUCUGAGGCAUCAUUUGAAUAAAAUUAUUAAGGAGUGCAGAAACAUGCAUUUUGUAUGCUAUUUGAGCAGUAACUUUCUUAUGGAACAAUGGAAUACAUAAUUUACAAUAAAGGUGUCAAUAAAACAUGAACAUUUAUCUGUACUGUUGUGAUGGGGUUAUAUGUUGUGGCGGGAAGCUCUGGAUAAACUGUUCUUUUAUUAAUUUUCAUAAGUGACGCACGGUAGACAAAUUUGCAGGGCUUAUUUCAUCUUUAAAUUCAGUCUUACAGGCUUUAAUCAACACUUGAUUCAUUGUGAUAUAUAUAUAUGUUCAGUGUCAAGGGUUAAACAUGUUUCUAUUCACUUAGUUGGAAUAUCCCAUAACACAGAACUCACUUGGCUUCUCUACUGAUCCUUAAAUUUGUCCAGACACAGUAGGUAGAAAUGACUUCAUAAAAAACACCUUUCCUUAAGGAAUGCCUAUCAAACAAUAUGAAAUAAACUGUUACCUUAAAA